AUGCAUAAGCUUAACUUACAAUUAAAUUUAUUUUUAAUUUUUACUUUUAGUUUGAUUACCUGGGAAGUUAACUCUGAGUCAACAUCCGAUGGACAAUAUCCAUUAGUGAUGAUCCCCGGAACAGCUGGGUGCCAAGCUUUUGCCGUGCUGAAGAAUGAUCCCAAUCAUAAAGCGCUACCUGUAUGGUUAAAUUUGGAAUUUUUUGCAUUUAUAAAACAUUUUACUGAGUAUUUUAAAUUACAGUAUGAUCCAAAAACUGGUCACAGUUAUGAUGCUGAAGGUGUUGACAUUAUUUUUCCAGGAUGGGGUGAAACAUGGUCAAUUGAGAAUCUAGAUGAAAGACCAAAUAUGUUUUCUGAAUAUUUUGGUUCAUUAGUUAAUGCUCUAAGAAAAGAUCCGUUUUAUGUAUCAAAUUUUACAAUGAGAGGCGCACCAUAUGAUUUUAGAAAAGCCCCAAAUGAAAACGGUGAAUUUUUCAAUAAAUUAAAAGCCUUGAUUGAGGAAACGUAUGAAAAUGCAAAACAAAGACCCGUUGUCCUACUACCACAUAGUAUGGGAUGCUUAUUUGCUCAGUGGUUUUUGAAAAAAUGCGAUAUUCCAUGGAAAAAGAAGUAUAUAAAAUCUCUGGUGUUUUCCAGCUGUCCAUUCGGGGGUUCUGUGAAAACAGUGAAGAUUGAAGCUAGUGGUGAUAACUUUGGGGUAUUUCUGCGUAGUCCAUUAAGUUUUCGACACGUUCAACGUUCUAUGCCAUCUCUUCCUUUCUUAUUUCCUGAUUCUCGUUUAUGGCCAUCAUCGGAGCCACUUAUUAUCACACCUACAACAAACUAUAGCUCAGCUGAUUACGAGCGUUUCUUCAAAGAUAUAAAUUACACGAUUGGCUACCAAAUGUGGAAAGAUACUCACUCCCUUGUUGAUGGACUGGAAAUGCCUACUGGUAUUGAUGAUAUUUAUUGUAUUCAUGGUUCACGUUUAUCCACUACCGAAAAAAUUUCCUAUUCUGCACCCAGUUAUUUUUAUAGUGGUUUCCCAGAUCAAGUACCCUUAUUAAUUCCUGGUGACGGAGAUGGGACAGUCGGCAUACGAAGCUUAGAAUACUGCAAAAAUUGGCCUGGAAUUAAAUAUUACAUAUUACCUGGAGCGGAGCAUGUUCGUAUUCUUAGUGAUUUUACUUUGAAGAGGGAAAAACCAGUACAAUGA